GCAUCUACGUCCUGUACGAUGGCCUGGUUCUUGUCCCUGCCCGCGGCGAGACGCCCCGAUCCACCUUCAAGCUUCUGUUGGCAGUGAGCCACAUCAUCACGUCUGUGGUUCCUCCAGAGUUCCCCAUCAUGCUUUCACUGGCUGUGAAUCUUAGCCUUGUGGCACUCAUCUCCAAGCGGAUCUUCUGCACAGAGCCGUUCAGGGUGCCUUUGGCUGGGCAGAUUCAGACUUGCUGCUUCGACAAGACGGGGACGUUGACCAGCGACUCCAUGGAGGUGGGUGGAGUGCAUGGCCUGGAGUAUCCUGCUCCACCACUGGCAGAGGCAGUGGAUGAGAAGGAGGUGUAG